AUACGAAAACGGGUUCGGAAAAGUUGAGUUAGAAAAGGACAGAGAUAAUAUCUGUCUAUACUGCUAGAGAGAGACUACUCUGAUUGGUCGGUCAAAUCUACUCCAUUAUUCUACAACCCAGUAUCAGUAACUGCACCCUGACCACUCGCUCGCUUUUAGGUUACAUUGAAAAUAGGACCUAAGGAAGUUUCUGCCGCGAAUCGCGAAAAAUCUUAAACAAAAGAGUGUCGUAUAGUGAACAAUUGAAAGUAAACAUAUUUAUCAUGUGCAGUGAAUAAAUUAAUAGCCUAACGUCUUAGAAAUAAAGAUUAAAAUAUAAUUUUAAACAAUGGCACCGAGUGCUGUUUGGACAUAUUUUACAAAAAUUGACAACAACACUAAAGUGAAAUGCGGAAAAUGUGGUAAAGAAAUGAAUUUCAACAAUAGCACAACAACAUUAGCAAAUCACUUGAGAACAGCACAUAAAAUUACCAUUGAAAGACAAAUUCCUACAAAUGUAAAAAGAAUUCGGCUCUCUUCUGUAGAUGAAGCAAACAUAAAUGUUAAUCCUCUGUCUUCUCAAUCUUCAGUUAAUAAGGAGCUGGUGGAUACAGAGAUAUUGCCGCUACUAACGCAUUGAUUUUUAUGAUCGCUAAAGAUGAUAUGCCAUUGCGUACUCCUGAGCGUACUGGUUUUCGAUAUUUUGUAAAAAAAUUACAACCACUUUUUCAAAUUCCAUCCGAAUCGACUCUCACAAGAAGACUAGAAAAUAAAUAUUGUGAAUUGCGAGAACAAUUUUCUUGUCUUUUGUCUCAAUCACCAUCAAUUUGUUUAACUGCUGAUAUUUGGACUCACUCAAGUACAAUGAAAUCAUAUUUGGGAGUUACAGCUCACUUCUUAGUUGGUAUGGAUAUGCAGUCAAUUGACCUUUGUGCAAAGCUUAUUACAGAUAGAAAAACAAUCGUUAACCUUCGAUGCAUUUUCAAAGAAAUUUGCCAAGAGUGGAAAAUUAAUUAUGACAAAAUUGUGGCUGUUCUAACCGAUGGUGGAGCUAAUAUUGCUGGAGCUGUUCAAGAAGAGUUUGGUGCAUCAAAGCACAUCAGCUGUCUUGCUCAUAAGAUUAAUAAUAUUGGUCAAGCAUGUAUUGAUCUUCAUGAGAAGAAGCUUCCUUCGGAAGAAACGAAUUACAGUGAAGUUCAUGAUAAUGAAGAGGACUUAGACGAUGAAAUUAAUGAUGAACAAUUAGCUGAUUUAAUAUCGAAAACGAGUAACAAUUUUAUAAAACAGAUUAUUUUAAAAGUAAAGCGGAUUGUACGAUUUUUUAAAAAGAGCGAAAUUGCUACUUCCAAAUUAGAGAAACUGCAAAUAGUCUAA